CGCGCUGCCUGGGUAACGGCGCGGACAUUGGCUCGCAGUCUCUGACGUAGGAGGUCGUAAUUGAAAACAUUCCGUCGGAGCCGCGAACAGCUUUUCCACCGAUGAAUGAAACAUAAACAAUGAAUGUUUUGGUCACUUGCUUGUUUUUCGCGGCCGUCUCUUACUUGUACAGUAGCGACCUCCUGACAGUCUUUCGCAUUUAUGUUGUAGACAAAGUGCUAGGCACCAGCAUGCCAGAAUCUGUAGUGGACCGGCGGAGCCCGCAAGGUGUCCCCUACACGGAUCUGCAGCACAUCGUCAACGCCGACGGACUGCACUUGUUCUGCCGCUACUGGGAGCCCGAAGGCCCCCCAAGGGCGCUGGUGUUCGUGGCCCACGGGGCGGGGGAACACAGCGGGUGCUACGGUGACCUCGCCAAAACGCUCUCGGGACACGGCCUGCUGGUGUUCUCGCAUGACCACGUGGGUCAUGGCCAGAGUGAAGGGGAGAGGAUGGUGAUCGAGAACUUCCACAUCUUCGUCAGAGACUCUCUGCAGCACGUAGACCAGAUCAGGGGGCGGCACCCGGACCUGCCCGUCUUCAUCGUCGGACACUCUAUGGGUGGGGCCAUCUCAAUCCUGACUGCGUGCGAGCGGCCGAAGGACUUCGCUGGAGUGGUGCUGAUCGCGCCCUUGGUCCAGAUGAGCCCCGAAUCGGUCUCACCCGUCAAGGUGUUCAUGGCAAAGAUUCUGAACCACGUGAUGCCGAGCCUCACUCUGGGGUCUAUUGAAUCCAAAUGGAUUUCCCGGGACCCGAAGGAGGUAGAGGCCUACGACAGAGACGAGCUGAACUACCACGGCGGCAUCCGCGUGUCGUUCGGGAUGCAGCUGCUCGCUGCCACGCAGCAGAUCGAGAGGGCCCUUCCCGCCAUCACCUGGCCCUUCUUCAUUCUCCACGGCGACGCUGACAAACUGUGUGACAUCAGAGGCUCACGACUGAUGAUGGAAAACGCGAAGAGCACCGACAAAAAGAUGAAGGUGUACGAGGGGGCGUACCACGCCCUUCACAACGACCUGCCGGAGACGGCGGAGUCGGUCCUGCAGGAGGUGAGCGCGUGGGUCGCCGAGCGGAUCGAGGGGCAGCGGGCGUCCAGCUAGAGCGUCCGCCAUCUUCCUUCCCCCCCCCGUCUGCCCGCCCGUCUGCGUCUCUUCACCGCGCGAUCGACUCACCCUCGCAACCCGACGGGGGAAACCCUGCGGCCGAAUUUGGACACACACACCUCUAGCAAUGCACCGAUCACAGACCAGGAGCAGCGUGACUGCGUUCCACCGCCGGUUCGGCCUCUCGGCUCAUUGGCUGACGGAUUCCGGCGAGGGCCUCCAACCCCGCGGAAGGAGAGGUGAGCGGGGUCAGUCGGUCGCCACGGGGCUAUUAUGAACGACCUCUGACCCCGCGCAGAAUGAUGAAGAGCCUGUCUCAAACCUUUUCUGAGGGCAAAAGCUUCGUUCCUGAGAUGGAAGUGGAGUUCUGUACAUUUAACGGACAGACCGAGAGAUUGUAUUACUGAGGGAAAUAAUUUAUUGAAUGACUUCCCUGUAUCUUUAUCUGCAGUGUGAAGUGGGCCAUACGUUCCUGUGGAGAAAUGUUCUUUUUUUUUGUCAAACAUCUUGUGCUCAUUAGACAAUCAGCUUCAGGUUUAUUUGCUUCCCAGCAGGGCUAAGUUUCUGACACAGGUGGCCCCCUAGUGGUCAUCUGGCAAUACUGCCUACAACUCACGUGCCCUGUAAAAGGAACUGCUUGUUACUAUGGUAACAUUUCAGGAUAUAAAGCCCCAUGUAGAAAAACGGAUGUAUCUUCAGGAGGCAAACAUGGCGCAUCAUGGGUUAUUGUGCAGAAGCUGUGUACUAGUCAGACCUAUGCCACAGUGAAGCCAGACAAGCUGUGAAGUGGACUAUGAAUUGCAUGCUGGUUACUGUGCGUCUCUCUUAAUUAGACUAAUAACUAUAAUGACUUAAAUUGUGUGGGAAUGUGCUUUUUAUCUACUCAGUAUCUUGUAUGUCAUUGUUUCUAGUUUGUUAAUAUGGUCAGAAUUGACCGUUGAUUUAUCAUAGAUUUAUUGUAAGGUUAGUAAUAUAUUUAUGUUGACAGUCUAUAAUAUAGCCAAGUGGGACUGGA